AACGUCGCGGAUGGACGGAUAGAGGUCUCGCAUGAUCGAAGCAUUGUCUCUGCCGUGCAGCAAACGUGAACGCCACAGGACACGAGGAUGAAGCUGUUCGCGCUCGGCUGUCCCGCGUUUUUCGCCCUCCUAGCGAUCGCCGAUUGUCUCACGACCGGCCGAUUCUGCCAGCCCGAAACGGGAGACGAUUUCCAACGCGCCCACGUCGGCCUCAUCAUCUCGCCCAUAAUGUCCAAGAGGAUGAUACGCGAGAUCGAGAUCUACUGGAAUCACGCCAGGUACCAGCCGGGCGACACGAUCGCCCUGUACGCGCGCGAACCCGCGGACGACCUCGAGCCGCUUUACACGCUGGUACCAAACGCGCCGAGCGGCAUCAAGAGGACAGGCCUGCAGGCCUCGUUCGUGCCCACCGCGGACCUCGCAUUCGAGCAACAAUGCCUACGGUAUCAUGUCGCCUGGCUGAGAAACGGCACGGUCAGGUUAGCGAAUUGCAUGCGGACGCAGCCACGUUGGAUGGCCGAGAGGAGGGACAUUCUGGGCUCGUUGCCGAUGAGCAGGGUGUUCCUGCCCGGCACGCACGAUUCCGCGUCGUACGCGAUACACAGGCGGGCGGAUUCCGAGAAUCUUCUGGAGAAAUACGUGAUAACGCAGGACAUAGACGUGCUUGCGCAGCUGAUUCACGGGGCUCGGUAUCUGGACAUCAGAGUCGGCCACUAUCCGAACAGCAACAUCGUAUGGUGGGCCAAUCAUGGACUGUUCAAAGCCACUCCCAUGCAGGACAUCGUGCAUCAGGUGAAGAGCUUUCUCGACCACACGGACGAGAUCGUCAUAUUCGACGUGCAGGAGUUUCCAACCGGGUUCGGCAAGAAUCUAGGGGUGCAUCACGACUUCGUCGCGUACCUUGAGGAACAGUUCGCCGGCUACUACUUGCCGAAGAGUUACGGCUGGAGCAGCACGCUCAACACGAUCUGGUCGUCCGGCAAGAGGCUCAUCAUCGGUUACGACGAGAAACGCGUGGUCAGCCUCUACGAGAGCGUGUGGCCCUGCGUGACGCACCAGUGGGGCAACGUCAGGAACAUCGAGGACUUGUUCAGAUAUCUGAACCGCAUCGAGACGGAGAGCAUCGGGCACUCCAGGUCGACGCCGCGGUCGGCGAUGGCGGAAUUGACGCCCAACAUAUUGGACGUGGUCCUCAACCGGCUCGGGAGCAUUCGCGAAAUGGCGGAGAAGGUGAACAUCAACGUCACCAAUUGGUACAACAGCAAGUGGCAGCGUACCGCGAACAUCGUCGCCGUCGACUUCGUCCGCUCGUCCGGCAUCAUCGAGACGGCGAUCGAGUGGAACGAGAGACGGAAUUCGCGCUGCUGAGGUGGCCCGGAGCCCCCCCCCCUCCCAGCGAAAAACACGCGCAACCAAAGCAAAGCAACGACAAACACAUACACAUACACACACACACACACACACACGCACACACGGUGAAUGUAACUCGACCUGCGCCGAAAACGAGUCGGCUUCACGAGCCAAUAGUAGUACUUAAUAACUUGUUAAGCUUGUGUAUACGAUCCUCCGAUGCGAAGUAUUCGCUGACUCACCAAUAAGACAACCGCGCUGAAA